AGUCUGUUUUUAAAUCGUGGCGAGUGUACAUGCGGGCAGUGAGUGCAUGUGUAUUUUUCGAAGGAAAAUACAUAUUAUCAACGCAUGAUAGGUGCCACCGCCGCAUAUAAAAGGUGGUCCAGGAAACAAUGGUAGAAGCUAAAUCAGUAUUGGCGGUGUUGUCCAGUGAAAUCACUCGCAGCCAGCAUGAGGAAGUCGAAAUUAAAUUCGAAGGCGAGUUUACAGACUAGAUCAGCGGAGGAACUGCGGCAACAUGGCAUAUUUGACUCAUUAGUGACCUCUUUAUCAACAUUUUUGUGGCCCGUGGCGAAUCCAUUUUCCCCUGCCCCAACCAGGAGCUGGAUCGAGGCGACUUUCCACAAGCGCGAGUGUUCUCGAUUCAUAUCCCACUCCAAGGACGAAUCAAGAUGCUGCUGCGGCCGUAGUCUUGGGGAGCACAAAUUUUUGAAAGACCAAUCCACGAAUCCGUUACCGUUCGGCUGCGAAAUAUGGUUUCCAAGCAAGUGCACAGUUACCUUACCCACGGAUGCUUAUGGAAUUUUGGAGUUCCAGGGUGGACCUCAUCCAUCCAAAGCACAGUACAUCAGGGUGGCGCACGACACAAAACCGGAACACUUGAUGCAGUUGAUAACGCGCGAAUGGAAUCUCGAACUGCCCAAGCUCCUCAUAUCGAUACAGGGCGGAAAAGCCAACUUCGAACUGCCGCCCAAGCUCAAAAAGGUGCUCCGCAAGGGCCUGCUCAAAGCCGCUCGAUCCACGGGCGCCUGGAUCUUUACCGGAGGAACGAACACAGGGGUUACAAAACAUGUAGGAGAUGCCUUGUUGCUAGAAAGAUCUCAAAGAACUGGCCGAGUCAAUACCCUCGGUAUUGCACCCUGGGGUAUUGUAGAAAACAACCAAGAUCUGAUAGGUCAUAAUAAUGAAGUUCCAUAUCAUUCCAUAUCAUCGCCAAGAUCAAAAACAGCGGCCUUAAACAACAGACACGCGUAUUUUCUGCUCGUAGACAAUGGAACGGUGGGAAAAUAUGGUGCCGAAAUAAUCCUUAGACGAAGGCUGGAGAAGUACAUAUCCAAGCAGAGGCUCUACCCAUUCACCCAAAGUCCCAUUCCGCUGGUGUGUUUAGUGAUAGAGGGCGGCACUAACACUAUCAGGGCCGUACUGGAGUACAUCACCGACGAACCUCCUGUUCCGGUGGUAGUCUGCGACGGAUCUGGACGGGCCGCCGACAUAAUUUCCUUUAUGUGCAAAUACGAAUAUUCCGUUGUAAAAACCAUGAAGGACUACAUAGUGGCCACCAUACAAAGAGCCUUUGAAGUAACAAUCGAACUGGCAGAAGGGCUGUUUUGCGAACUCUUGCAAUGCGUGGAAAACAGACACUUGAUCACCAUCUUCAGAAUAGCGGACAAGUACGACCAGAAACCCCAAGAACUCGAUCAGACAGUUCUAACGGCACUUUUCAAGUCUCAGCACUUAUCGCCCACCGAACAGCUGAGUUUGGCCUUGACGUGGAACAGAGCCGACAUCGCCAGAUCGGAAAUUUUCGUGUACGGUCAAGAAUGGCCUCAGGGGGCCCUGGAGGAGGCCAUGAUGAAAGCCCUCGAACACGACAGGUGCGACUUCGUGAAGCUCCUCCUGGAAAAUGGGGUCAGCAUGAGGAAAUUCUUGACCAUACCGCGUUUGGAAAACUUGUAUAACUCCAAACAAGGACCCAGCAAUACUCUUAGAUACAUCCUAAGGGACGUGAGACCUCACAUUCCAGCAGGUUAUGUCUACACUCUUCACGAUAUCGGAUUGGUUAUAAACAAAUUGAUGGGCGGAGCUUACAGGGCUUUUUACACGCGAAGAAAAUUCAGACCGAUUUAUGCCAAGGUGAUGAAUAAGGGGCAGAGCAUGCAGGGGAACUCCACAGCGUACGCCAAACAGUUUGGAAACGCCAUGAGCCUGCUAGCUCAAGCGCUACCUAGCAGUGCGAAUCCCUGCUUGUUUGAUUAUCCUUUUAAUGAAUUAUUGAUUUGGGCUGUGCUAAUGAAACGUCACAAAAUGGCUCUCCUGAUGUGGCAACACGGCGAAGAAGCCUUAGCCAAGGCCCUCGUAGCCUGUAAACUGUACAAAGCUAUGGCCCACGAGGCCGCAGAAGAUGACAUGGAAACGGAAGUAUACGAGGAGUUGCGAAGCUAUGGGAAAGAAUUUGAAAACAUCGCAUUGGAAGUGCUGGAUUAUUGCUACAGGCAGGACGAUGAUAGAACGCAGCACCUGUUGACUUGCGAGCUGCAAAAUUGGUCGGGACAAACUUGUCUGAGUCUUGCUGUCGCAGCCAAUCACAGGGCGCUUUUGGCGCAUCCGUGCUCGCAGAUUAUCUUGGCUGAUUUGUGGAUGGGAGGCUUAAGGACAAGAAAAAAUACGAACAUUAAGGUCAUGAUAGGAUUGCUUUGUCCUCCGUACAUACUGAAAUUAGAAUUCAAAUCCAAAGAAGAGCUGCAACUGAUGCCGCAAACCACGGAAGAACAUUUGGAAAAUGAAAAUGACGAUGACGAUAAAUCGGAUUCGGAGAAAAAUCCAGACGGCGAGGCUCUACUGACAGAGAACUUCAUACCGAGGGACACGAUCGUGCACGAAAACGGUAAGGUCAUGCCGGACAUGGACGAUCAUAAGUACCAUUCUCACUAUUAUACAGAGACCUACAUGGACAUGGUGCCCAAAAACAAGGAGCUGAAGUUCCGCAAGAAACUCUACGAGUUCUACACUGCCCCGAUCAGCAAGUUCUGGUCCAACUCUAUUGCCUAUAUCAUGUUUUUGGUGAUCUUUAGUUACACAGUUCUGGUAAAAAUGGGGCCAAUGCCGACGUGGCAAGAGUGGAUGUGCAUCGCAUUUAUCUGCUCGUUGGGUUGCGAGAAGUUACGGGAGCUCUUUUCAUCGGAACCUGUGGGAUUCUCUCAGAAAUUUGCCGUUUGGAUGUGGAAUAUGUGGAACCCUUGCGACAUGGCGGCCGUCAUGCUAUUUUUAACCGGCAUGAUUUUACGAUUCAGGCACGAUUCCUUCGAAGCCGGCCGCGUCAUUUACUGCGUGAAUUGUAUUUAUUGGUACCUGCGCAUUCUAAAUAUAUUAAGUGUAAAUAAAUACCUGGGACCACUGGUAACCAUGAUGGGUAAAAUGGUUAAAAACAUGAUAUACUUCGUAGUACUUUUACUAAUAGUCCUCAUGAGCUUUGGAGUGGCAAGACAGGCAAUUCUAAAUCCAGAUACGGACCCCAGUUGGGGUAUAGCCAGAGAUGUUUUUCUGGAGCCAUAUUUCAUGUUGUAUGGUGAGGUGUAUGCAGAUAAAAUUGACCCACCUUGUGGUGGGGAAGAUGAGCCACCAUGUCAAACCGGACGAUGGGUUGCCCCCACAAUAAUGUCCGUGUACUUAUUGGUGGCCAAUAUUCUUCUAAUUAAUUUGCUGAUCGCUGUGUUCAACAACAUUUUUAACGAAGUUAAUUCCAUUGCUCAUCAAGUUUGGAUGUUUCAAAGAUUUACUGUCGUCAUGGAGUACGAGCAAAAGCCCAUUCUGCCACCUCCCUUCAUAAUAUUCUCCCACCUCUACCUGCUCUUCAAAUUCAUCAGGAGAAAAAUGGACGGCCGAGAGGAGAUGUACGACAACGGGCUCAAACUGUUUUUGGAUCGCGACGAAAUGGAACGCCUGUACGAUUUCGAGGAGGACUGCGUCGAAGGGUACUUUGCCGAGCAGGAAAACAAGCUGCAGCAGAGCACCGAAGAGCGCAUCAAAGUGACCACCGAAAGAAUCGAACAUUUAACGCAGAAAGUGGAGGAUAUACACAGCAAAGAGAGCACCCAGACCACGCUGUUGCAGAAUCUUGAAGUUAGGUGCAGAAAGUUCACUGAUCAAAUGCAGGAUAUGAGUAACGAGUUGGAGAAUCUGCGUGCCAUUGUGGCCACUAAUAAUGUGCCGACUGGAGAUAAUCGAAGUUUGGAUGAGGAUUCAAGAGAAAGGACGACCAGUGAAAAAUCCGAAGCCUCGGAAGAACUUACGCUCCUGGUGGCGCCACCUAGCGCGCGUAAGAAAACCAUAGUGAGGUCAUUGACUGAAGUGCGACCUGAUGCCUACAUAUUCGACAACGGUCAACACAUCGAGUAUCGGUACGACGAAGAGGACGAAGAGGUCGACGAUGCCAUAUCUAUGACAGGUAGCAGAAAAGAACUGAACCUGCCCCGGCAAAGGACCCGUUCGACGGACUCCAAGACCUCGAUCGAGAGCGAACGGGCGCAAGAAGAGCUCUCGGCCGACGAUCUGGCGGCGCUAAGUCUGGACAUCUUGCGGAACCGCGCGGCCCAGAAGCGAAGAGAUUCCACCGGCACGGGCAGGCGGGGUUCCGAAAGUGGUAUGACUAAGAUUGAUUACUUUGACAUGAAGCAUCAUCCAACGCUGGCCGCAGCUUUGCUUCUAGGCCACCGGAAGCGCAACCCGUCCGAGAUGUCGAACCCUGAGAUCGCCAUCAACUUCGAGAAGGAGCACCUGCGCAGCGCUGAGGAGAGCGACUACAUGGUCAUGGAGAACCUGAUCCAGCGCAGGUACGACGAGGAGGAGGAGGACGACAUGAACCACGGGCAAGCGAUAAUGAACCCCGCGCUGCUCAGCGUCGUCACGGAGACCAGAGAGUUCAGGGUCAACUCGUGGCCCAAUAAGGUGUUGAAGAGGGGCACUGCCAUUGAGAGUGAUAAUCGUUUGGGAAAAGCGCCAUAUAUAGGCGGUUCAAGCAGCGAGUCCGCCGAACGCCAAGACUCGUCCGAGUCGCACGCGAGCAGCGACCUGGCCGCCGCCCUUCCGCAGCCUCCCCCGCCCCAGCGGCCCUCGAUCGUGAUCGACUCGUCGCAGCUGCCCACGAUGCAGCGCGAGAUCGAGCUCAACAAGGCCGAGUCCAAAGACAGCCUGCACAUGCAGUCGGAAACCAUGUGCUGAACGCUGAACGGUGAACGCUAACGUAGGUAGGCAAUCGAAUCCAAAAAUUAAUCGAGUCUCGCUGUACACUUUACGUCUUAGAACUGCCACUUUAGGUGUUCAGAAAAAAAUUAGAUACGGUUUUGUUUUUUUAAGGGUUUUAAGA